AUGCCCUCAACAAGGUUGCUGCUUACAUCGACCGUCACGGAGGCAACGUCUCCAACCCCGGAAGACCUCCUCAAACAAUCAUCCGGUAAACUUCUCAGCUGGCUCGGCGGCCCCUACGCUGUUCUCCUCCAGAUCGCAGCCCCAAGCAUCGCCCUCGGCUCAUGUACCCACUCCCGCUUCCAAACGUACCUUAUCUCAGGAUUUCGCCGAACCGCAGCCUUCAUAAUGGCCGUCGUUCAUGGAACAGACGAACAGAAAGCACUCAUAUGUGGUACCAUCAAGAAACAGCACUCCUUCAUCACCGACCCCUCCUACACCGCCGCCAACCCAGAGCUGCAAAAGUGGACGGCAGCCACUCUCUUUAUUGCCGGACAGCUAACCCAGAACCUCUUCUCCGUCAACCAAAGCCCCAUGCCGCGCGCCCAGAAAGAGGUACUCUGUCAACAGUUCGGGAGGUUUGCCACGGCGUUGGAUAUGCCGGCUGAGAUGUGGCCCUCUUCGCUGGAGGAGUUUCAGGCAUAUUUCGACGAGCAGAUUCGGACAAUAGAGAUCACGGAGGAGAGUAAGAAGGUUGCGAAUAUUUUGCUGAGGGAAAUAGAGUUGCCUUGGUUUUUGAUGUGGACAUUGCCUGUGAUGAGGGUGUUGAUGGCUGUUUGGUUGCCAGAGAAGUUUAGGGUGACGUUCGGGUUGCCGAAUCCGAAGGGGUGGUUGGUUUGGGCAGCGUAUUGGGCUGUGGUUUGA